AAAGGGCGCUUUCUCUUUCCGGGUUGCGCUUCGGGUUCUGGUCUGUAGCGGGAAGCCCAGGGUACUAGGUGAACUGAACCGGUUGGAGGACGUCGGAAACUGGGGCUUCGGUUCCUGCGAAAACUGAGCAGAUUACUCUGCCUAAAUUCCUUUGCCCUGAAGUUUUUGGACCCAAUGAGGCUGCCGUAGGGUCGGAUGGCAAGAUGGCGGCCUCCGCUUUUGCCGGUGCUGUGAGAGCAGCCACAGGAAUCUUACGGCCGCUGCAUAUUUUGGCAUCUUCAGCCUAUCAAAACUGUGCCAAGAAUGCCUGUCUUAGUUCUGUACUGUCCUCCCGACAUUUCAGUCAUAUUCAGACAUCGGCUUUGUUGUCUGCCCCCAGACUUAUCACAUCUGUCAGAAACCUCAUGUGUGGACCUACUGCACCAGUCCUCAACAGAGUGGCCCCCUUGCUCCCACAUGUCCUGAAGCCACCAGUCAGAACCGUAACAUACUUCAGUUCACGAAAGGGCAAGAGGAAGACUGUGAAAGCUGUCAUCUACAGGUUCCUUCGACUUCAUUCUGGCCUGUGGCUAAGGAGGAAGGCUGGUUAUAAGAAAAAAUUAUGGAAGAAGACGGCUGCACGAAAAAGACGCUUAAGGGAAUUUGUCUUCUGCAAUAAAACCCAGAGUAAGCUCUUAGAUAAAAUGACAACGUCUUUCUGGAAGAGGCGAAACUGGUAUGCUGAUGAUCCUUAUCAGAAGUAUCAAGAUCGAACAAACCUGAAAGUAUAGAUGAGAAGUUUGAUGACUUCCCACCCAGUUACUGAAUCUUCAUGUAUACGUCUUUGCCAAGAUGAUAUAGUAUAAAACAUGAUGUAAACUGUCCCAUCGGAUAUGGAAAUACACAGUACCAACAUUACAACAUUAAAUUUAUCAAAGUUUUAAAAUGGGCUAAACAUUCCCAGAUUUGUUCAGAGAAAAACAAUUUUAAAUUACCGAUUAUUUUUAACAAAUGAUAAAGGCUUACUAAUGGCAAGAACUCUCCAGUCAGGACAGAGGAUAGACAUUAAAAGGUUAUGAAGCUAACAAGUUAGCUCAGGAAGUGUGACAUCAUCUUAAGGUUAUGUGCUGGGAACUCAGGAACCCCUUCACAUCCCCAUGUCCCACCCAGGACUAACCCCCAGGCCUCAGGAACAGAAAGGACAUGGUGAUCCUGGAUCCAAGGCACCUCUGGGGGCCUCGGCAGCAGGAAGUGGUGGAUCUUAGGCUUGGGGUCUGCUAUGCAUAUGACUUGGUUCUUUUUAUAUCGCUGGCUCCAUCCCCUCUCUCCUCAGCACCUUCCCUCAUUCACAGCUUUUGUUCACUCUUAGUGUCUGCACCCUCAUAAUAUAAUGCCCCUUUGACGUUCUUUUCUAAGAAAUCACGACGCUUGUUCCUAUCUCUAGCCUCCAAUUGCUGAGAGACCAAUCGGGCCAGCCUGCCUUUUUAUACCAGGUCUCAUCUGGGGUCAAUGACCAGUGUAGGGGGUAUUCCUGGGUCUGGAGCCCAGUGGCCCACUUGUGAGCAGUUUCACUCAGAGAGGAGCCUAGGGUAGCAACACAAAUCUAGUAUACUAGGUUCACUGUGUCCAUAACAGUUCUGACUUAGUUUAUUGGAACAGAAUUUCUUAUUGAGAGAAGAGUAAAUGAAAUAGCCUUUCAGAAUGCCCAUUCAUGACCAAAAAAAAGAGGCUGUAUAAGGGGAAAUAAAAGCUUUUUAACCAAGAGUUAAAAGAUAUUAUUAUUUUUGCUUUUUAGGGCUGCACCUAUGGCAUAUGGAGGUUCCCAGGCUAGGAGUCUAAUCAGAGCUACAGCUGCCAGCCACAGCCACGCAGGAUCUGUUCUGCGUCUGCAACUUACACCACAGCUCAUGGCAACGCUGGAUCCUUAACCCACUGAGCGAGGCCAGGGAUCGAAUCUGUAACUUCAUGGUUCCUAGUCAGAUUCGUUUCCACUGCGCCACAACGGGAACUCCAAAAGGUAUUAUCUUUUUAAGUUAGUUUAUCCAUUUGAGAUUUCAUAUUUUUAUUUAUUUCUUUCUUGCUUUUUAGGGCUGCACCUGUGGCAUAUGGGAGUUCCUAGGCUAGGGGACGAGUUGGAGCUGCAGCUUCCAGCCUACAUGGCAACACUGGAUUCACAACCCACUGAACAAGGCCAGGGAUUGACACUGCAUCCUCAAGGAUGCUCCUCAGGUUCGUAACCCACUGAGCCACAACAGGAAGCCUGGAGAGUUCAUAUAUUUAAUUGUGAGGAUGAAUUUUUUCCAAAAUUUUCAAAGACACAUUGUAGAAACUAAGGAGGAAGAGGUAAUCUCAGUCAUUUUUAGACACAACGUAAGAGUUAAGCAUUGUUCCCUUGAAGAAGGUCAGUUCAGUUGCACUGAGGAAAAUUCAGUUUUUCAGGAUGUUUAUAAUCUAGGGCAGAAUCGUCUGGGAAGCAUUUUCAAACAACCAAGCAUUUUGUCUAGCUGAAAAACCAUUACUAAAUAGGACUGUGCCUCAAUCACUGCUUUACAUCCUGUAAUAUAAUAGUCGAUGAUGAUAAGACGCAUUUCCUCUGUUGUUAAUAGAUAAGGUAAAAGAUAACCAAGUUGAAAUUCUGUGGCAUGUCAGACUAGGAUUAUUGGAGGAAUUCUUUGAACCCAGUGUGUGUUCAUUAAAAGGAAAAGGGGUGACAACCGUGUUCUAAUACUCCAAGGCCAAGUGUGUGUCUAUUUAUGGGACCAGUUAAUAAAGAACAGACAUUUGAUUUGCAGUGAGAAUCUCAAGAGCGUGAAGCAUGGAAUGGUUUUCUGUUUGGAUGGGUUUUCGUUGUCUCCUGCUUCUGACAAGCCCUCCGUGCCAUUUUGCACCUGCCUGGCUCCUCCCCUCUUCCAUUUAGCCCCGGAAGCUGAAGAUGAAACUGGAGUCCCCAAGAAGCUGAGGAGGAGAAGCCUUUUCCCCCACCUCUGACGAGUCCAGUGCAGUGUGACAAGGUCUCAAGGGGCCUCAGAGCACCCUGGUUUCCCCUCUAGGCCAGGGACAGGAGAGGCCGGACCACCGCUGGCAACAGGCCCUGCAGCCACAGAUGGGCUGGCAUGGAAGGGCUGACAGGCACAUGGGUUAGGGGAAAGGACAUUUUCAUGUAUGUAAUUUUUGUUUUGUAGAUAGCAGGGCUUAUCAUCAAUAUUGAUUUUCUAGUUUGACAACAAAACUUUAAAAGGUCUAUCUAAAUGACAUUUGGGUAUCUGUAAAAGUAUAAUUUAUUGAACACCUACUAUGCGGUUCCACAAAACAGCUAACUUGCAUAGCGACCUUGCAAGGGAGAUAUGAUUUAUCCCUAGAUUUGUGGAAAAUGAAGCACACAGAAGGUUAAAUACAAAACACAGCUAGUGAGUCACAGAACCUGGGCCUGUCUCCUUGGAAUCUUGUGUAUUUCCCCAAGUCUUCUAGCAACAUGAAAACUCACAGGGAAAUCAACAAGUGACUGGAGUUCCCGUCGUGGCGCAGUGGUUAACGAAUCCGACUAGGAACCAUGAGGUUGCGGGUUCGGUCCCUGCCCUUGCUCAGUGGGUUAACGAUCCGGCGUUGCCGUGAGCUGUGGUGUAGGUUGCAGACUCGGCUCGGAUCCCGUGUUGCUGUGGCUCUGGUGUAGGCUGGUGGCUAUAGCUCCGAUUCAACCCCUAGCCUGGGAACCUCCAUAUGCCACGGGAGCGGCUCCAAAGAAAUAGCAAAAAGACCAAAAAAAAAAAAAAAAAAAAAAAAAAAGUGACUAACCUAGCACCACAAAUACUAAAUACCUCUUCAUGACACUGAACCAGUCAGCUUUUAAAUCCUGUAACUUUGCUUUUCAGUUUUUUGUCAGCUCUUAACCUAGUUAAUCUCGGUUCUGUUGGCACUGGACUUGGCUCAGUAAAUGAAUAAAUGAGCGGAUUUUCAGCC